GCAGGGCCGCGCGGCGCCGGUCGUGAGGGAAGUCGGCGACCGUUUCCGGGUUGGGCGGCGGCGGUAGCGGUACCAUGUCGUGCGCCUUAGUUCCCUUCGGCUACUUCCAGGACCUGGAGGCGGCUCGCGACUUCCUGUGCCCGAACCGCCGUCAGGGCAGCGUCGCGACCGGCAAGGAGAGCGCAGGCAAAUCAACAAGCUGGGAAGAUGGUGGCUGGGGAGCCUGGGAUGAAGCAGAAUUACAAGAACCUGAGGAAGAGGAAUCUAAUUCCAAGAACCGGAGAAAUUACUGGCUUCAGGACUGUGUGUUGUCCUUGUCACCAACAAACGACCUGAUGGUAAUAGCUAAUGAACAGAAAGCAGUCUUUUUAGUGCCUAAAUGGAAGCACAGUGACAAGGGAAAAGAGGAAAUGCAAUAUGCUGUUGGCUGGAGUGGCUCUCUGAAUGUUGAAGAAGGUGAAUGUGUGAGUAGUGUAUUGUGUAUUCCAUUGGCAAGUCAGAAGAGGAGUUCCACAGGCCGUCCUGACUGGACCUGCAUUGUGGUUGGCUUCACCUCUGGCUAUGUUCGUUUUUACACCGAGAGUGGAGUACUGCUUCUUGCACAGCUUUUAAAUGAAGAUCCAGUCCUACAGCUUAAGUGCAGAACCUAUGAAAUUCCCAGGCAUCCUGGUGUCACAGAACAGAAUGAAGAGCUAAGUAUCUUGUACCCAGCAGCAAUUGUGACAAUUGAUGGUUUCAGCCUCUUUCAGUCCCUUCGAGCAUGUCGCAAUCAGGUAGCAAGAGCUGCAGCAUCUGGCAAUGAGAAUGUUCAGCCUCCACCAUUAGCUUAUAAGAAAUGGGGUUUGCAAGAUGUGGAUACAAUAGUUGACCAUGCUAGUAUUGGCAUCAUGACACUGUCUCCUUUUGAUCAAAUGAAGACUGCCUCCAAUAUAGGUGGAUAUAAUGCAGCUAUAAAAAACAGCCCACCUGCUAUGUCUCAGUAUGUUACUGUUGGAUCCAAUCCUUUCACUGGUUUCUUUUUUGCCCUGGAGGGUAGCUCACAGCCACUGUUGUCUCAUGUUGCCUUAGCAGUUGCAAGUAAACUGACUUCAGCGUUAUUUAAUGCUGCCAGUGGCUGGCUUGGUUGGAAGAGUAAACAUGAAGAAGAACCUGUCCAAAAACAGAAACCAAAAGUUGAACCUGCAACCCCAUUGGCAGUGAGGUUUGGAAUUCCAGAUUCCCGUCGCCAUGGUGAAAGAAUAUGUCUUUCUCCAUGUAACACUUUGGCAGCCGUAACAGAUGAAUUUGGAAGGGUUAUUUUACUGGAUGUUACAAGAGGACUUGCAGUUCGCAUGUGGAAAGGAUACCGUGAUGCAGAAGUUGGUUGGAUACAGACUGUAGAGGACCUUCAUGAGAGGGAAACUGAGAAGAUGGAUUUUUCUCCUUUUGGAAAUGCACAGUGUCCAAGCAGAGUAGCUCAGUUCCUUGUGAUCUAUGCUCCGAGGAGAGGCAUUCUGGAAGUGUGGAGCACACAGCAAGGGCCUCGGGUUGGAGCCUUCAAUGUGGGGAAACAUUGUAGGUUGUUGUAUCCUGGUUAUAAAAUAAUGGGUCUAAACAAUGUGACCAGUCAGGGAUGGCAGCCCCAGACUUACCAGAUAUGCCUUGUUGAUCCAGUCUCUGGAAGUGUAAAAACUGUCCAUGUACCUUUCCAUUUAGCACUGAGUGAUAAAAAGAGCGAGCGAGCAAAGGAUAUGCAUCUAGUGAAGAAGUUAAAUGCUUUACUCAAAGCGAAAACCUCAGAUCCAGAUUUGAUUGAAGCUGGGGCAAAGGAAUUAAUACUUGAUAUCAAAUACCCUGCUACAAAGAAACAGGCUCUGGAAAGUAUAUUGACAAGUGAACGUGUGCCACUUUCAUCUCUCACAAACAUCACUCAGACAUUAAUGGAUAAUUUAAAAAAACAGGAGCUUGAGUGUGUGGACGAAGGACUACUGCAGUUCUGUGCAAACAAGUUAAAGCUGUUACAUCUUUAUGAACUAGUUAGCAAACUAAAUUCCCAAAGCAUACAGAAAGACACUCCACCCUCAGAUAAUGACUUGGCUAAACUGCUUCGGCUGGAAGAAGAUGAUUUUCAUAGGCUUGAAACUUUACUGGAGAACUACAAGAGAGAAAACACCCAAACUACUCUUCAGUUUGCUGAUGAGAAAGAUGACGUAUUGUCUGUGAAAAUGUUCUUAGAAUAUUUGGAAUAUGAAAAGGACAUGAUUAAUGUGAAAAAUAUGGAAGAUGGAGAAUAUGUGGCUUUAGGCAGCUUUUUCUUCUGGAAGUGUUUGUGUGGGGAGAGUUCCACAGAGGAAAUGUGUCAUGCAUUGGAAUCAGCAGGUUUUAGCCCUCAAGUCUUGUUGUCCCUCCUUCUCAAUUUAUGGCUUUCCAAGGAAAAAGAUAUUCUAGACAAACCAGAUUCUGUCAGUUGCCUUCACACUAUGCUGUCACUUCUGAGCAAAAUGAAAGUUGCUAUAGACGAGUCAUGGGACACUCAGUCAGUUUCCCCCUGGUGGCAGCAAAUGCGUACAGCUUGUGUUCAGUCUGAAAACAAUGCAGCUGCCUUAUUAUCUGCUCACGUUGGACAUUCUGUUACUGCACAGAUAAUUGAUAGUGUGACAGAGAAAAAGUUUUCCCAAAUAAUUGUAGGUUCGGACACGGAAUCCUGGGAAGCACUUUCUCUUGAUACUGAAUAUUGGAAACUUUUGCUGAAACAGUUAGAGGAUUGUCUGAUACUUCAAACACUAUUGCAUAGCAAAGUGAGCAAAAGGACAAAAAGAGUUUCAUCGCUCCAGACUGAGCCUUUGAGCAGGCUUUCUGUAAAGAAAUUGCUUGAAGCUGGAAAAGGAGGUAUUGCUGACACUGUAGCAAAGUGGGUUUUUAAGCAAGGCUUCAGUCCUCUUGUACUGAAUUUGGCCCAACACAAAAACAAUACAGAUAGUACUGAAGAAUCUGUAGAAAUGCAUACUAAUAUCUUUCUUGAGGAACCAGAAGCAGAUGCAGGCUUGGAAACAAUCCUAGAGCUGCUGCAACUAGCAUAUCAGCAAUUUCCAUGUAGUCUUGAAGUAGAUGUACUCCAUGCACAUUGCUGUUGGGAAUAUGUAGUGCAGUGGAAUAAGGACCCAGAGGAAGCAUGUUUUCUCAUUAGGUCUAUAGAUCAUCUAAGAUGCAUCAUUAAUGCUCACGUUCAGCAUGGUAUCGCACUGAUGAUGUGGAAUACAUUCAUAGUGAAAAGGCUUUCUUCUGCUACGUAUCUCAUGGACAAGGUUGGAAAAGCUCCAAAGGACAGAUUAUGCAGACGGGACGUAGGUAUGGGUGACACAGCAAUGACAAGUUUUCUUGGCUGCUGUUCAGAUCUUCUGCAAACUUUGCUAGAGGCUGACGUUAGUAGUGACGAAAUGCAGGCUCCUGUCUUAGAUACUGAAGAUGCUUGGGUGUCGGUAGAAGGACCAGUAUCGAUAGUAGAACUAGCCCUUGAGCAGAAACGCAUUCACUACCCACUUGUUGAACACCAGUUUGUGUUAUGUACUAUCUUGUAUGCCAUCAUGAGGUUUUCUCUGAAGAGUGUGAAGCCUCUUUCGCUGUUUGAUAGCAAGGGCAAAAAUGCAUUUUUCAAAGACCUUACUUCAAUUCAGCUGCUGCCUAGUGGGGAUAUGGAUCCAAAUGUGUUAUCCAUACGACAACAGUUCUUGGUCAAGGUGGUGAGUGCAGCAGUUCAAACACUCUGUUCAUCACAAAAGGCCAAAGAAGUCUCAGAAGAGGAAUUGUUUCCUUUUGAAAAGGGGAAGAAUUGGCCAACUUUGGCUGUGGACCUGGCUCAGUAUCUUCAAAUCUCUGAGGAUGUGGUCAAAAGGCAUUAUGUCUGUGAACUUUAUAGUUAUGGGAUGGAUCAUCUUGGUGAAGAGGCCUUUCUUCAGGUGACUGACAAAGAAGUGCUUGCAUCACAGCUGCUCAUACUGGCUGGACAGAGACUGGCCUUUGCUUUACUUCAUAUGCAGACAAAGGAGGGUAUGGAACUCCUCGCUAGGCUUCCUCCAACACUAUGUACUUGGCUCAAAGCUAUGGACCCCCAGGAACUUCAAAAUGUAGAAGUGCCAAUUUCAACAACAGCUAAACUAGUUAACAAAGUCAUAGAGCACUUACCGGAGAAUCAUGGGCAGUACAGCCUUGCCUUGAAUCUGAUCGAGGCUGUAGAAGCCAUCUCAUCAUGACAUUCUUGGUUAGCACAGUUCUGCUAUAUAGUGGUAUAAUGCAUGAUUUUACACAAUGAGGCUGAACUUUACAGAAAGAAACUUCUGUGUGGCUCCUGUUAAACAAUGAAAAAAACAAUGCUCCCCAUCCCAGAAUUUUAGAAGGUAACUUUAAAUUGGAGUAUAUUUUAAAAUCUGCACUAGUACAAAGAUGUUUAAUUUCUAGUACACUUGUCAGUAUCUGAAAUGCUUUGUUAUUUAUUUCUCACUUGAGCGCUUUUUGCAGUAGUCUAAAUUGGAUAUAUUUGACAGCAGUUUUAGUCUAUUUACAAAAUCACAUCUUGUGAAAUUCUGUAUUUCAUGCUGGCAGUAACUGCUGCAGUUUCAAUGUUCCAUGUAUGAUUUGUUUUGAAAAACGAGCUGUAGAAUUACACCCGAGAAAAACUUUGGUCUCUGAAGUUACUAUGUAAAGCCAAUACUGCUUUUUCAGAAGCUAGAGCUGGUGUUGGGCUCAUGCCUUAUAAUUGCAUUAUACGUGACAAUGGCGAUUGCACUAGACAUAGGAUGAAAUGUGCUGGGGCCUUACACAAAGGGACAACAGCCCACAUUAGAAACAGCUUGGGAAAGAGAAUCAAAUUCUCUGGACACAAGUACGGACUCAUGUUUUAGUCCAGAUCUCCCAGUAUUGUCUCUAGGGUGCUGGGCGUCAGCUAAAACUGGAUUUGCAUCCCUCUCCUUUAUUAUUAAGCUCUGCUGAGUUUAAGUAGGUCAAGGAAUGUCUUACUGUAAGAUUGUUCCCCUAUCUUAUCACUGUAGAAGAUGUAGUAUGCUAUAAAUCUCUGCACAUGUUAACUUGUAGUCAAAAACUGCUUAAAUAGUUGACCCAACUUCAGUGAAGAUCUAUAGUACUGAGUACUUUAGCCUUAAAAAAACCCCACUUUUAUUUAUGGUACCUACAGGGACUCAUAUAGUGAGUAUCUUCACUAUUGGAGUGGUAUUAAACAUGAUUAUCUUGCAUCAGUUAGUACUGUUUAUUUUCUACCUAAAGGAAGCCAGGAGAGAAAAAUUAAAUUGGAGUAAAUGGUUUUUGUCAAAGUCAGCUGAAAUUACUAGCUCCAUCUUGUAACCUGCUCCUCUUGCAUUGUAUGUAAGAAAUGUUCAUAGUAUUCUGCCUUGCUGGAGACAGAAUUUGGUCUUAUACUUCAGAAAGGUGUGCUGCUGUCAUCUAAGGGUUAGACUCCCCCUAAAAAAAAAAAAAGUUAUGUACGUGGCUUGUUCUACACAGCCUCCUUCACCUGUUCAGCAUCCCCACUUCUUAAUCACUGUACUUCAGUGUAGCUGUGAAGUCUUCUUGAAAAGUUUUGAUACUAUAUGUUUGACUUCCUGCAGCGACAUGAGAUGAGACAGAGUAAAGAGUAGUAAGAAUUCUAGUAAGAGUAAGUGGCCAGGCCUGGUCUAUGUUUUAGGUACUUCUAUACAGACACUUCCAUAACUGAGGUUAAAAGAGCUGUAGGGGAAAAAUAGAAGAAGGUAAGAUUGUACAGGUGACUUUACCACCUUGUCUGACAGCACUUCAAACUUCUGCAGAAAUAAGUAUGCUAGAGAUUUGGUCACCAUGGAACCUGAGGAAAACAAAAAAUGUUUCUUAGUUGCAUUACAUUCCUGUAUCCUGGUACAGCUGUGUAAAGGAUUUUACUGUAACUGAGUAUCAUGUCAGAGCUGACACGACACCAAUCAAAUCUGUAAUGUAUUGUAAGUAAUACCCUGUAUAUAGUGCUAUUUUGUGUCUAAUUUGCUGUGGAUUUGUGUAAAUUGAUUAAAUAAAAUUUGAGGUUUC